UAAUUUGAAAUUUAGUCUAUAUUUUUAUUUACAAUUAGGAGCCAUGCGUAAAAGAUUUAACAAAUAACUUUAAUGAUACUGCUCGAUAUAAAUAGAGACGAGGAUUGUUUAUAUCCGAAUACUGUGACGGUUACGGUAGUUAACCGAUAUAAACUUUAAUUGUGAAAAACAAAGAAAUUUCUACGGUAUAUAUUUGACCUUUUAAAACAUAUUUUGUCGAGGGUCUAGGUCAGGUUAAACAUAUCUCUGAAGUAAAAAGUAGUGUAAAGACAAAUAAGAAUAAAUAGCUAUCAGUUUGAUUCAUUGUCGAUUUGAUAAAUAAACAGUUAUAAACAAUAAAAUAGUGUCCGUCGGAUAUUAGUAAAUACUUAAGCUAUGGACAUUUGUUCAUUAUCGCCUAAGUGCAAAUAUUUCAGCUACUAACUCUGAUUACUUGUUCGAAAAAGGUGUAAAUAUUAAAGACGGACUAGGGCGUUAACGAACAAAAUCAAAUGUGGUGACAGUAUCCAUUAAGUGUUAAAGUUCCGAAGGGAUAAAAAUGAGCGGUUCAAUAAAAGAUGAGGCGCCUGAUACUCCUAACGGUGAUAUAGAUGCUGACGGCGAUAAUUUAACGAAUUCUGAAGCAGACGACUCAAUUGACGAAAACAGGACAGUUAAAGGAGAAGCUGAAGAGCUGGAUGCCCAUUUCAAAUAUUCAAAUGACACGUCGGAUCUGCGACUGAUUGUGGAAAGGAAACCGUUAUAUGUAUCCAGAGUUGUCCUGUCACUGGUGUCACCUGUUAUGAAAAGGUUGUUUGAAAUAAAGAACUCAGAAAAUAAUGUUGAUUUGCCGUUGUCGGGGAAAAAGUAUACAGAUGUGGUCCAUUUUUUGAACUGCAUCUACCCGAAUAUCAUGGCACCAAUAACAGAGGAGAACGUAGAAAUCGUCCUGCCACUAGCUGAUGAAUUUCAAGUGAGGAGACUGGUCGAAAAAUGCGAGGAGUACUUGAUUAAAGACAUUGAAGGUAACGCCUCAACAUCAAAUCCAGAAAAAAUAGUCCGGUGUAUGAAUAUUUCUGAGAAGUAUGGCCUCGAGAACUUACAGAGGGCUACUUUUGAAACGGCAGCAAAAACACCGUCCGACAUGCUCGAAAAUGUUCGGGAGUUCUGGGAUUUACCGGCUGUUACGACAACGAGUGUAUUCAUACGCCGUUUGAAAUUAUUGGAGAAGUCGGGAAAAGUAGUCCGAUCAAAAGUGAAAGAAAUACAGAAUCAUUGCAGCUUAUACCAUAAAGGGGAGAGAAACGGUGACACUGUUUGCACAAAAUGUUACGCCAGUAUUGGAAAGCAUGCGCAAUCUGAACUAAAAUAUUUUUGAGACAUUUUAAGAGAAAUUCUGGCGUAAAAGUUUACCUUCUCAUAAAGGAUAGAGCUCGUGUAAAGAUGUAUUUUUUAAUUAUAUCAAAUCUCAAUAAAUCUUAUAAGGAAAUAUAAAAAUCAACACACGCACGCACACACACACACACACGCACGCACACACACAAACAAAAU